UCAAUCAUUAUCAACACGCGAUUAUUAAAAUUUACGGAUAAAUUAUAAAAUCAUAUGUUUCCAACAAAAACGCGCGGACCGGCGAGUGUGGUAGACCGUGAGGAGUUAAAAAAAAUAGAGAAGAUGACAGUGGAACUUGCUAAAGAUGAAGCUGUGCCAUUAGAAGAAGCUAUUGAUAAAGCUGGAUUUGGCUUCUACAGCUACUUACUGAUCUGUCUCACCGGCCUUGGGAUUAUAUCAUUCGUCUGCAUCAGCUAUGGAAGCACCAUCCUCAUUCCCGCGAGCGCCUGUGAGCUGAAGACCACCACUGGUCAGCAAGGGGCGCUCGCUGCAGCGCCGGUAGUAGGCUCAAUCAUCGGCACGCUAGUA